AUGUGGCGAGACCGGACGAACCUCUACAUCUCGUACCGGCAGUCAUACGCCCACCAUCCAAUCCAGCGCAACCGCUAUGGCCCUUCUACCACGAGCGACCGUUUUGGUGGGACAACCACAGGGGUGUUGUUCGCGGCGGACGACGACCGGCGGGGUCUCCUGUCUUCAGGCGCCUACGAUGUGGAUGAUGGCGACGCGGUGAUCGAGAUGGACCUGCUCCCGCCGCGCUGGGCCGACAUCUCGGAUGAGGUGACGGAGCUACUGGCCGAUAUCGCGAGCAAGAGCCAAAAGCUGGAACGGCUGCAUCAGAAACACGUUCUCCCGGGGUUCAACGAUGACGAGACUAAGAAAGCGGAGGAGGGUGAAAUCGAGCGGUUGACGCAGGAUAUUACGCGUGGGUUUCACGAGUGCCGACGGUGCAUCCAGCGAAUCGAACAGAUGGUGCGCGAGGGCAAGGCGAACGGCACGAUGAGCCGUGCCGAUGAGACGAUGGCGAAGAACGUCAAGGUCAACCUGGCGACUAGGGUUCAGGAGGCGAGCGCUGGGUUCCGCAAGAAGCAAAGCGCAUACCUCAAAAAACUCCGGGGUAUGGCUGGGCUAGCCAGUCCUAUUGAACGCACCGCCACUCCCUUAGUCGGCGGCAGCUACACAGAUCCAUCUCUCUUGGAAUCUGACGCCGACCGGACCUAUUCGCAGUCGGCGCUCCAAGCCCCCACUCAUCAAAAGCUCCUUGAGUCCAACGAUGUGGCCAUAUCGCAACGCGAACGGGAAAUUGAGGACAUAGCUCAGGGCAUCAUUGAGUUAGCAGAUCUUUUCCGCGACCUGCAGACGAUGGUUAUCGACCAGGGCACCAUGCUGGACCGGAUCGAUUACAAUGUGGAGUGCAUGGCUAGUGAUGUCAAAGAAGCUGAAAAGGAGCUCAAGACAGCGGAGGGUUACCAGAAGAAGACUACCAAGCGGAAGAUCAUUUUUCUUCUGCUCUUAAUAAUUGCGGCCAUGAUAAUACUGCUAAUCAUCAAGCCGAAAAAGAAGCACAUAGCUGCGGAAGACGAUAGUUAA